CUAGAUUAUAGUAGCACAGCAAAUAGAUAUAUUUUAUUAUUUUUAUUUCAUAUUAUAUUUGCAUAAAUAAAUUUAAUUAAAACUUUUUUCAAUUACUUUAUUUGUCAAAAUGAAUUCAUUAAAUUUGUGGGCUUUAAUUUUGAUUUCGUGUAACAUCAUGGUAUCUGGUAAUACUACCAACCGGAAUUCACAGAUAAUGACCACGAACGAUGAUAAAUCAGCGGUUAGAAUACAGAUCUAUUAUUCGCCUUUAAGCACAAAUGCAAUCAAUUUAUUGAGGGCCCAUAGGGAUGGCCAGGCCAGCGGUAUUUAUGCAAUGGUCAAUACGGCCGCCACCGCACCCACCACGGUCAAAUAUACAUUGGAUGUAGAUUUUAUACCAUGGGGUACGGCAACUAGGACAGUGGUCCAAAACAAAUUUGCGUACCAGUGCCAAAACAAUGAUGCUGAGUGUAAAGGCACCAGACUUCACGCUUGCAUAGCGCGUGGUCGCAUUAGCCAAUAUACCAACUUUAACAAAUACAGAAUGGUAAUGUGUACGACAGCGGGCACUGAUUGGACCACAAACCCCCUGGCCAAUUUAGAAACCUGUGCCACUUCUACCAACCAGAUUGACGGUGACGGACCACUAUUAACAACCUGUGCCGCAGAGGCCAGCGUUGACGGUAACGGCUAUUUAGAUGAAACAAUGGGCGCUACAAUUGCUCUCAAUCAUGACAUGACUGAGCCUGUGGUUGUGAUCAAUGGUGUGGUUAAUACGGCAGCUGUAGCUAAUCUUAAAAAUCAAGUGUGCCUGGCUAUUGCCACAGCUAACAGGCCAGCCACAGAGUGCACUGGUGUAGUUGACCCGACUCCGGUCAAAUCAAAAGUCAACGUACAGCUCUAUUACACACCAUUCGCCCAGAAAUCUAUUGAUUUGAUCGCGCUUAACGCCGAGGGAAACGCCCGUGGUGUUUAUAGUUUAAUUAAGGACCAGUUGGCAGAGAAUGCCCAGGUCAAAUAUGAUAUUAAUUUCGAGUAUAUACCGUGGGGUAGAGCCACCAAAACCCGCACAACUGAUGAUAAAGUGCAAUAUACUUGUGUAGAGGGAGAUACUGAUUGCAAGGCAACCAGACUUCAUGCAUGCAUAGAGAAAAACCACAACACCCUGUUGAAAGCGGGUCAGCAAUUUUUGAUGAUCGUUUGCACCAUUACGGAGGGCACCUGGAAAGCAAACCCUCUCGAUAAAGUGGCUUUUUGUGCCAAUAAGAUCAAUAAUGUAGCCCUCGAUAAUACUGUGUUAACCACAUGUGCCGGCAAAGAGAGCACAGAUGGCAACGCCUAUCUAAACGAAAUGUUUGGUGCUACCAGUCAACUCAAUCCACUAAUUACUGAGGCUACUGAUCCGGUUGUGCUAAUCAAUGGCAAACGCAAUGCGAAGGCAUUGACUGAUCUCCGGACUGAAGUGUGCUAUGCGUUGCCGCCUGAAAGUAGACCUGAUGUGUGCAAUUUACCGGCUGAGCCUCCGGUUUGCACAACACCAGCUCCUGUACCCAGUAGUAGCACCGAUGCUAACGAGUCAACUACCGCUGCCGGUGCGGCCGUCUAUGUGAACAUGUUUACUGUGGUUUCCACCAUUAUCAUGGUCAUUUACAAUGCUAUGUGAUCACGACGUGAAACUUAAUGUUACAUAUCAUAUGUUACAAGUACAGAUUUUAUGUUAUAUUAUUAUUUAAGUAAAAAAGUUAUUUAAUUUAUAACAUUUAUAAAAGUCUUAAGCAAAGAGAGUUAUAUUAUAAAGUUA